AUGAACAUCAUGACAAUGCCGCUGGCGGGGAUGGAGCCGAAGCGCAAGGCCGAGUCGUUCGAUCGUGAGGAGGCGGAAGACAGAGCGUUUAGGAUGCUCAGCGAAGGCGAGCUGUUCUACGUCGAGACCGAUGUCAUGCACGACGUCUCCCUCGACCCGGCCCGGCACGACCACAGCCACCUGGGGGGGGUCUCUCUCGAGACCAUCACCGCUGCGCGGCACCUCCUGGAAGCACCCGCAAAGAGGGGCCCCAGCUCGGUCGAGACCGAGGCGACUUCGAGGACGUCCAGCCAAGACACGGCCGAGAACGAAAGUAAGGGCUGGGAGCAGCAGGAAGUGCACGCCCACCGGCGGCCGGCGGCGGCUCCGGCGGCGGCGGCGGCCGCGGCUGUCAAGAGCAACGUGGAGCCUUUCUACCCCGCAGCCAACCGCAUCUCCUUGAAGGAGGCGCAAGAGUGGGACUUCUCCAAGAAGCUGGAGGACCUGGCCAGCGAGAGCCGGGGGCGCGAGAGAUCGUUCUCGGAGCCGCAGCUUUCGUCGCUGAGCCACAGCAACAACCACCACUGGAAGGACGUCAACGAGAGGGCCGAAUGCGAGGCCUGCGCCGACGCGUGCGCGGCCCUGACGGAGGGGCUGCGGCGGGUGUGGAGCUUGGUAUUCCCGGAGGAGCAGCACAACCACGGGAUCGGCACGCUGCGGUCGCCGUCGUCGACGGCGAACAUGAGGGUCAACCACAGCUCCAGGCACUUCGCCUCGUGCACGUCGACCAAGACCUUCGAGGUGUCCACCAACGAGCGGGACAAGGAGGCGCUCGAGAAGCUCGGGGUGGUGCCGGACAUCAGCUACCACGUGGUGGGGACGCCGGCCUCCAUGACCUUCACGAUGCACAUCGCUGGGUACAGAGUGGUGUCGACGAUCCUGGGGAUGCACGCGGAGUACGAGGUCCGCCUGAAGGGAGCCGGUCGCAGGUGGAGCAAGUGGCAGCGCUUCUCCAAGUUCAAGACGAUCGCCGCGUGCACCCAGGGAGACCCGGACGCGGCGGCCGCCUGGAGGCGGGUGGUGAGGGCGAAGCCGCACUACCGGUGCCUGAACCCGGACUACCUCGCGCACAAGUGCAACCUGCUGGAAACGUUCUUGCAGCAGGUCCUGUUCGCGAUGCCGACGCCGGCCCUUUUGAUCCACUUCGUCAGCCAGAAGAACUGA